AUGCCUUCACUACAAAACCCCCAGAUCAAAGCGGCACAGGCAUCUUCUCGAUCCUACCUCCCUGAGUUGAACAUCAAAAUACUCGCUCAGCUUUCUCUUGAAGAUAUGCGGCAUCUCAUCAUGCCUUCGCCUGCUGUAUUACAGUCCUUUCGAAGACACCGUACCUAUGUCGUGAGGCAUCACCUACAAGACCUGCUUCAGUUCUACAUCAAUGAAAGCAUGCUACCUCUCGUUGCAUUUACCAUGCGCCUUCGCCUUCUUCGCUCACAAUGUCAACAACAGACAGCUUCGGAGGUGGAGGAGAUACUUAAACCUUGGCUAAAUGCAGUCAUAUUAUUGGAAUGCACAAGAUCACCAGCAGCAGGCGACCUGAACCUCCCGAUGCUCAACAUUGCUCUGAACUUGGUGCCAGAGUUUUGCAAUUCCUUCAAGCUAUACCAAAAUGAAAGAGCAUAUCUUUGA